AUGGCGACUGGGGGUAACAGCAACAGCACAGAGUCCGAAUCGGAUAGCCCAAUCGCGUCGGCGCAGGUCAAGCUGGAGGAUCCGGCACCGGCGAGCAAUGGGGCAGCCGAGGAUGCGGCGGCAGCAACAGACCGAAGCCAGACAUUGGACCUCAACGCGGCUGCCGAAGAAGACGCGCAGCAGCUGGACAACCAGCCCAGCGCAGACAGCGACGCGGAGAUGGACGAGUCGGAGGCAGUGUCUGGGGAGAACCACCUGGACGGAUCCGACCAGGAGGAAGAGGACGACGACGAGGUGCCGGCAGUUAUCGUUCCAACGGCACGGCGGCCACCCCACGUGAGCAUCAUGACUGCGUCUCGGCAGCGCAGUGCAAUUUCGGCCCUCUCGAGUCCGCCACGGAAGCCAAACGGGCGGCGGCUGACAAUCACAUCGGGCGACGACAGCCUGGCCAGCGAGGUCAGUGACGGAGAUGACGAAGACGACGAGGAUGAUGAUGACGAUGACGAAAGUGACCAUGAGGACAGCCCUGCAAAGGAUCUGCUUGCAGACAGCGAACAACACUGGCAGACCCCGAGAUGCCGUCGGAUCGGCGACUCAGCCAGCAACGAGAGUCGGCGAGCUGAGGCGCUGCAGGAAUUGACAAGCAUCGAGAUGGAGUUUGCCAAGCUGCGCGAGCGGCUGUACGCUGAGCGGCUGCGGCAGGUGCAGAUCGAGGAGGAUUAUUUGGAAGCCGGCCAGCACGUCGAGUACGAGAAGCACGCCGGGGAGCUGGCGGCCACGUACAACUCGCAGAUCGAGAAGCUGGACUUUGCACACAAGGUGUGGCUCGAGCAGCGCCAGAACCUGCACGACCGGUGGGCGCACACACUCAACUACACGUUCCUUGUGCAGCGCCAGGAGCUGCGCAGCCGCCUGACGGAGCAGCACCAGAAGAAGCUGUGGCGCUUGCGCGAUCUGCGCAUGCAGGAGGACCGCCGCAUUGUCGAGAAGACACAAAGGCAGAACAUGGCUGCUCGCGCCAUGGCCGGCUUGACUGCGGUCCAGAUCCAGGCGCUCAACGCAAACCCGGCUCUGGCAGCCCAGCACCAGCUCCAGCAGCUGCAGAUCCUGGAGCAGCGCCAGCUGGAGCGGAGCCGUCGCGCGCUGGCCAACGUUGCCGCCCAGCGGUGCAUGGUGCGCAAGCGCAAACAGCCACUGGCUGCCGCCGGAAUUGACCCAGAUGAAAUGGACGCUGACUACGCAGCCAUGAAUCUGCCGGUCCUGCCGCGCGAGCAGAAGCGCUUGCGGCGGAUCCUGUUUGUGCCUGCGCCGCACGGCGACUGGCGGGGCAAAGCGGGGGCACAGCAAGCAAGGCCAAAGCCCAAGCGGCUGAGAUGGCACUGGACACCCGGGCAUUCCCCAAUGCAGCACCGACCACUGCAGCAGCCAGCGUAUGUGCAAACUAAUAACAUGAUGCUUCCGGCCAUGCAGCGCCCCCAGCAGCAGCCGCUGCCGCAACACCAACACCAGCAGCAACACCAACACCAACACCAACCACAGCAGCAGCAGCAUCCAACCCCGGGCAUUACUGCGGCGGUGCGGCCAAAGCUACACCACUUUGCGCCUACCACCACGCUACCACCACGCAUCAACCACGCGCCCACAACGGUCCCUCCGCCGCCUAUAAACGCAGCUCCAGCGCGCAGACCUGCGGCUCCUGGCGGCUCAUCUGCGGCUCCAGCCCGGAAUUUGGCAGCGCCCCAACCAGCUGCCCCUUCUGCAGCUCCUGCAGCUCCUGCAGGACUGCCGCCGUCCUGACCCCUCAUCCACGCACCCGCCCGGCGCGGCUCCCACCGGUGGCGACGAGAUGGCGUCUGUGGACAUCCAUGUGCCAUCUGGCAGUGGUGGCCCGCUUGGCCUGAAAGUCUGAAGCCAGUGAUUUCGUCGGAACUCGGCGCCCUAUCCUGCCAAACCACGUUAGAGCUCUGCCUGGUCAUAAAAAUAAAAUGUCUUGGCAAUGC